AAGUCACAAAAGGAACUUUAGUGGGGAUCCGACUUACACAUACAGCAGAAAGGCAUUGCGCCUGUCAACCUGCCAUGCAGUCUCGAAUCUUGAUUGAAGGUGCUGGCUGCCAGCUGCUGCGCCCCCGAUGUAGAAGGUGCACCUCCUGGGAGCUGGCCCGUCUUUUGGCUCUUCUGACCAUGGAGAGAUAGGACGGUCCCUGCAGCCCGCGCGAGAGAAAGCUGUGCCGCCACCACCGGCCGCGCCCGUCCUUCGGAUGGAUCGCAACAGAGAGGCCGAGAUGGAGCUGAGGCGAGGCCCCAGCCCCACCAGGGCCGGCCGGGGCCACGAGGUGGAUGGGGACAAGGCUACGUGCCACACUUGCUGCAUCUGCGGCAAGAGCUUCCCCUUCCAGAGCUCGCUUUCGCAGCACAUGCGCAAGCACACGGGCGAGAAGCCCUACAAGUGUCCCUACUGCGACCACCGGGCUUCCCAGAAGGGCAACCUGAAGAUUCACAUCCGGAGCCACCGCACGGGGACUCUGAUUCAGGGACACGAGCCAGAGGCGGGUGAGGCGCCGCUGGGCGAGAUGCGCGCCUCCGAGGGCCUGGACGCCUGCGCCAGCCCCACCAAGAGUGCCUCGGCCUGCAACCGGCUGCUGAACGGGGCCUCACAGGCCGACGGCGCCAGGGUUCUGAACGGGGCCUCGCAUGCCGACAGCGGCAGGGUCCUGCUGCGGAGCAGCAAGAAGGGCGCGGAGGGGUCCGCAUGCGCCCCCGGGGAGGCGAAGGCCGCAGCCCAGUGCUCUUUCUGCAAGAGCCAGUUCGAGCGUAAGAAGGACCUGGAGCUGCACGUGCACCAAGCGCACAAGCCGUUCAAGUGCAGGCUGUGCAGCUACGCGACGCUGCGGGAGGAGUCGCUGCUGAGCCACAUCGAGAGGGACCACAUCACCGCGCAGGGGCCCGGCGGCGGCGGGGCCUGCGUGGAGAACGGCAAGCCUGAGCUGAGCCCCGGGGAGUUCCCGUGCGAGGUGUGCGGCCAGGCCUUCAGCCAGACCUGGUUCCUGAAGGCGCACAUGAAGAAGCACCGGGGCUCCUUCGACCACGGCUGCCACAUCUGCGGCCGUAGGUUCAAGGAGCCCUGGUUCCUCAAGAACCACAUGAAGGCGCACGGCCCCAAGACGGGCAGCAGGAACAGGCCCAAGAGUGAGCUGGACCCCAUCGCCACCAUCAACAACGUGGUCCAGGAGGAGGUGAUCGUCGCCGGCCUGAGCCUCUACGAGGUCUGCGCCAAGUGCGGGAACCUGUUUACAAACCUGGACAGCUUGAACGCCCACAACGCCAUCCACCGCCGGGUCGAGGCCAGCCGCACGCGCGCCCCGGCCGAGGAGGGGGCGGAGGGGCCCCCGGACACCAAGCAGUUCUUCCUCCAGUGCCUGAACCUGAGGCCGUCUGCGGCCGGCGACGCGUGCCCAGGCGCACAGGCCGGACGGCGGGUGGCCGAGCUGGACCCGGUCAACAGCUACCAGGCCUGGCAGCUGGCCACGCGGGGCAAGGUGGCCGAGCCAGCCGAGUACCUCAAGUAUGGGGCCUGGGACGAGGCGCUGGCCGGGGACGUGGCCUUCGACAAGGACAGGCGCGAGUACGUCCUGGUGAGCCAGGAGAAGCGCAAGCGCGAGCAGGACGCACCGGCCGCUCAGGGGCCCCCGCGUAAGCGCGCGACUGGGCCUGGGGACCCAGCUCCCGCUGGCCACCUCGAUCCCCGCUCGGCCGCGCGCCCCAACCGCAGGGCCGCAGCCACCACCGGCCAGGGCAAGUCCUCCGAGUGCUUCGAGUGCGGCAAGAUCUUCCGCACCUAUCAUCAGAUGGUGCUGCACUCGCGCGUGCAUCGCCGCGCGCGCCGCGACAGGGACAGUGACGGGGACCGCGCGGCGCGGGCCCGCUGCGGAUCACUCAGUGAGGGUGACUCGGCUUCCCAGCCCAGCAGCCCCGGCUCCGCCUGUGCCGCUGCCGAUUCCCCAGGCUCUGGCCUGGCGGACGAGGCUGCCGAAGACAGCGGUGAGGAGGGCGCCCCCGAACCUGUACCAGGGGGACAGCCGCGCCACUGCUGCUUUUCCGAAGAGGUGACUUCGACCGAGCUCUCCAAUGGAGACCAGAGUCACAAGCUGGGAGAUAACGGCUCGGAAAGAGACACCGGCGAGUCCAAGGCGGGGAUCGCAGCUUCUGUGUCCAUACUUGAAAACAGUAGCAGAGAGACUUCUAGAAGGCAAGAGCAGCACAGAUUUUCUACGGACUUAAAAAUGCCAGCAUUUCACCCCAAGCAGGAGGUGCCCGUUCCUGGUGAUGGUGUGGAGUUCCCUUCCAGUACGGGAGCGGAGGGCCAGACGGGUCACCCUGCAGAAAAGCUGUCCGAUUUGCACAACAAGGAGCACUCUGGGGGAGGGAAGCGGGCGCUGGCCUCAGACCUCGUGCCGCUGGAUUUAAGUGCGAGGUCGACGCGGGAUGACCCCAGCAAUAAGGAGACAGCCUCCUCCGUGCAGGCGGCUUUAGUCGUUCACCCGUGUCCUUACUGCAGCCACAAGACCUACUACCCCGAGGUCCUGUGGAUGCACAAACGCAUCUGGCACCGCGUCAGCUGCAACUCCGUGGCUCCCCCGUGGAUUCAGCCCAACGGUUACAAAAGCAUCAGAAGCAAUUUGGUUUUCCUUUCCCGGAGCGGACGCACGGGCCCCCCGCCUGCCCUCGGUGGCAAAGAAUGCCAGCCUUUGCUCCUUGCUCGGUUCACCCGCACUCAGGUGCCAGGGGGGGUGCCAGGGCCCAAAAGUGGCUCUUCUCCCCUGGGAGGGGUCACAAAAGCCGCUAGCAUGCCUAAGAAUAAGGAGAGCCAUCCCGGAGGGCCCUGUGCUCUGUGGGCGCCCGGCCCCGACGGGUAUCGACAGACCAAACCCUGUCACGGCCAGGAGCCGCAUGGCGCGGCCGCACAGGGGCCCCCGGCCAAGCCCAGGCAGGAGGCUAGCUCCAAACUGGUGCCUGCCCCGGGUGGCGGGGGCUUCAGCAGGAGCGCCACCCCCACGCCCACCGUCAUCACCCGGGCUGGCGCGCAGCCCUCGGCUAACAGCAAGCCCGUGGAGAAGUUUGGGGUCCCCCCAGCGGGGGCUGGCUUUGCCCCCACAAGUAAGCACAGUGCCCCGGACUGCCUGAAAGCCAAAUUCAGCCCUCAGCCUCAGGGUCCACCUCCUGCAAAGGGCGAAGGGGGCGCUCCUCCUCUACCUCCCCGCGAGCCCCCUUCGAAGGCGGCCCAGGAGCUGAGGACUCUGGCCAGCUGUGCUGCGGGGUCCAGGGGCGACGCGGCCUUGCAGGCCCAGCCCGGCGUGGCUGGGGCGCCCCCCAUCCUACACUCCAUCAAACAGGAGCCGGUGGCCGAGGGGCAUGAGAAGCGCCUGGACAUCCUCAACAUCUUUAAGACGUACAUUCCAAAGGACUUUGCGACCCUCUACCAGGGCUGGGGUGUCAGCGGCCCUGGGCUGGAGCACAGAGGGACGCUCCGGACGCAGGCCCGGCCAGGAGAGUUCGUCUGCAUCGAGUGCGGGAAGAGCUUCCACCAGCCCGGCCACCUCAGGGCCCACAUGCGGGCACACUCAGUGGUGUUUGAGUCCGAUGGACCCCGGGGUUCUGAAGUUCACACCACCUCCGCAGACGCCCCCAAACAAGGGAGAGACCAUUCUAACACAGGUACCGUCCAGACAGUGCCUCUCAGAAAGGGAACCUAAAGGCGUGUUUCCGACGCACCCCAGGUCCCCGUAACGGCCAUUAGCAGUACCCUCACGAUGUCCCAGCAGCCUCCCACCUGUGACCUGGCCACUCCACGGAAGAACAGCCGGAGAACUCCUGAGCAGACACCUCACAUCCCGAGCCGCUGCGCUGGAGUGGAACCUGAAGGCAGAUGCCUCUCCUUGUUAAACGUUCAGAAAUAAAUGAAGAUGCUAUACUCUAGAAA